GCAUCAGCUACCUACAGAAUACAGAUAGGCUACAACACUAAUCCACAUAAAUAAAUCGUUGCUCACGCAUGCAUCACGCUUCUUCUGUGCUGUUGUGUUCGGUUGUGUUUACCUGCAGCAGAUCUGCGUAACGGCCUGUGAACAGUGAAGUGCUUCUAUAGUUAUUAUAGUAACGAAGUCUUUGUUCGCGUUGUAACUUUACCGUUCAAAAUGCCUACGAGUGCGGUGUAUCAACCCACAACAGUGACCUACGAACAACAGCCUACAGAUCAACGAUGGAACUGCCCCAUCAGCUACUUCUCUCGACGCAUGGCCAGCAGCUGGAACCGCACUGUUUGCACUAGAGUAUCAAUGUGUUUGGUGGGCAGCAUCUUCUUUAUAAUCGGUACGGUGCUGGUAAUUGUGGGCGCAGUCAGAUUCGGAAAUACGCCUAAUCCAGACACACAACGCAUUGAGAAUGGUUUAGGCGAACUCGUCGCAGGCAGCGUGUUGCUAACCAUAGGAAUGCUUUUGGGCCUGCUAGGCAUUUCGUCUUGGGCAUCUCGGUGGAGCAACGGCAAGGAAGCGCCGGCGAGCGGUGCGGCCGCACUCACCGCGCUCAACCCCUCGACCGACCCGCUGGUGGCCGCGCAAUACGCGCCCGUGCGCGACGCCCCGCCUGCUCCCGACGACGAGAUGCGCAACCUCAUGGACAAUAAGGAUUGUCUCAGCAGUGCAGAGGAAAGCGAUAAGAUGCUGGAUGGCAGGCCGUCAGUUGCGUAAAUACGAUUUUUUUUCAUGAAACGAGAUUGUUCGUACGAGCUUAGGCUAGUCCUAAUGUCCCCCUACUUAUGUAAUGAUCGGUGUUAGAGAUACAAUACAAAAUACGUAGCUAAGCAUAAGUAACAUAGAAUUUAUUUUUAUGAUAUUUCAUCGCAUUUUAAGGCUUGUAACCAUAAAUACAGUAAUGUAUCUUCAACGCCGCUCCACUUAAUUUGUGUCUCGUGUCCGUAUGUUAAGGUUGCAUUUUGGUACAAAGUAAACAAGUACUUUACAAUAAAACACUUGCGCGAAUAGUACUUAUCUGUUAUUCGCAAAUAAUGUGUGUUUGUUUUUGUGAUAUCUCUGUUUUAUAAUUAUGGUGCACUGAACUUCGACACUUAGACAUAUUUUUUACAUUUGAAAAUAUUGUCAGAAACCCAUGACAAGAAUUAUUAUAUUUUCAAGUAAUUGAAGUAUUAUCUUCAUUCUAUUACUGUGAGUGUGUUUGUCCAAACAUUUACUUGUAAUGUUUGAUAGUUUUCAUAUGACCCCUGUGCAACUAACACGAAUACGACUAAUCACAUAGAGUAACAGCCAUGACCACAAGAGCUGCAUCAAGACAAGCAUUACAAGUAAAUACUAUUAGCAAUAGUUAUAUACAAUGUAUGUGAAUAUUAACCCUUAUUUAUAUAAUCUUUUGAAUACUUAAGAUAUGUUUAAAGUAUUUUUUAAAGUGUUCAUUAUAAACUCACAUUAUCAUUAUGCAUUUAUCGACAUUAAACAAUAAUUUAGUUCAAUCUCGAGACAAGUUUAUUCGUAUAAAGGUGUGUGACACUGGUUUGCAAUAUUGUAUGACUUUGGUAAAAGUUGACCUAACUGUUACGACUAAUUAGUAAAAGACAAGCGGCCAAAUUAUUGUCCAGGUUAUAAUGUAGUGUAAUAUGGAAUAUGUAUUUGUAACAUUUAAGAUAUCUUAAUCUCAUUCGACUUAGUCUCAAGUAUUAAAACAUUCGAAAUAAAUUUUAAAUUUAAUAAAUUCCUUAUACAUAGUGUAACUUCAAAAAGACACUUAGUUUUAUGCUAAUUUGUAGUAAUUGGAUCGAAAUGUUUUUGUUGCAUGGAGCUCUUUUAGGAUAAAUAGUUACGACACUUGCUAAGUACCAUUUGUUUUUUAAGGUAGGCAACUAUUUAUGAAAUUCGUUUUUCAGUUUUUUGGUAUAAUAAUUACAUUUUGUAAUAUCUUUAUGUACUUAACUUGCUUUAAUGAAAGAUGAACGAUAAUGGCCGCUUACGAUUGAGUUUUAUAAUGUUAAGGUGCCAGAUCUAUGCUAUAUUAAUUUAAGUCUAAAUAUAUCUUAUCCGCAAGACACUUAUCUGUGUUUACCGCAAGUUUGUGUAAAAUUCUACUUUUUCGAUUCCAAUUUCAAUUGCAGUCUAUGAAUCUCUUUUUUUAGGAACAUUAGAACUUACGAACCUUAAAGUUAUUCGAAGUUAGUUUUCUAAUGUAAUAUGAAUUGAUUUCAAGUCCUGCCACGAUUAAAUUAAUUAGAUUCACUAUGUAACAUGCAAUUUAUUUGACUAACAUGUUUUCUUCCAUGACAUGUUUACAUAAUAUUAAAUGCGUAGGAAAAUAGUUGCACAAUACAAUAUCCAUGGCGUAAAACGAUUCACUUUUAUUUUUUCAGUGUGUUUUAAAGCGUACUAGAGCGUACGUUGAUUUUCUUUAGUACUUUUUUGUUUUGAUUAGUAAAUAUCUGUGCAAGAUGUCUAGUGCAUGGGUAAGUGGUAAGCAAUGUCUUGAUUGGUAGUAAUCAUGUGUCACUCUCAACGAGCUGGUCGUAGGCCAGAAAAUCGUUUAGUUCGUAUUGUACACUGACUCCGUACCACCACAUAACUACUAUAAUAUCAUCACAGGCCAAUCCGCCAUAGUUUAUUUUUUUAACCGUCCUUUUUAGAUAUAAGCGUGUGGGCCAUCCUGAGAUAGGUUUAAGAUUAUCCUAGAAUGCAUUGUCGGAAAGGACGAAAUGCAUAGCAUUUAAUUUGUCUUUCUUUUACAAAAUAUAUUAAUUUAUUUUGAGCUCUCUCUCUAAUUGAGAAAAAAAAAUCAAUAACAUUGCAAUGUAUAACUUCACAUUUUCGCUAUAUUUAUGUAUAAAAUGUAUUGAAGUUAGUAUGUUAAGUACUUAGUAUUAAGACUAAUUUUGUCGUCUUUCACUAUCUAUUUUCCAAGUUUAUUUUGAUACAACUGCAAGUAAAGUUAAUCCAAAUUGAAAUAUAUCGCAAAUGGAUAGUGAAAGACACCCCACCUAUUUAUUUGGUUUGCUAUUAUUUACAUUCAUGUUUCAGAGAUUCUUUAAUUAUAUUGGUGAUUUGAUGUAUUUUGUUACUUAUAUUUUGGACAUGAUUUUAUUUACCGGUAUUGUUUUUUUUUAAUUAAAAGGUGCAAAUAGUAUAUUAUUUACCCAGAUGGUAUAGGUUAUUCCUGUUUAUAGAGGAUUUUAAUUAGCGCUCUGCUCCUAGUAUUCAGUAAAUUAAUCAUUUAAAUGUUUUAUAAUUUAAAUAUCAAUUGAUAUAAGAUUUAGCUUGCGCAGGCGUUAAUUUGCAGAGGUUUUCGUACUUAUAUCAUAUUUUAUAUUUUUAAUGAUGUUCUUUUCAAUGUCAAAUGUUUGAUUGAAUGAUGCAGAUAAUAAAGUUAUAAUUGAAAAUGGUUGUUUAAUUGUGACAUACUUGUAUGUACUUAGCUGCAAUCGUUAUAGGAACACAAAUUAAUACAUAAA